CUACCACCCACCGUGCCCCCGCGUCCAUCCCGUCCUGGCUUGCGCGCUGCCGAACGAGGGAGCCCACGGCGAGCUUCUGUAGCUGGGCCAAGCUGCAGAUCUGGCUUGCCCCUGAUCAGACUUACUCUGAUCUGAAGGUUUUGGUGUUUAAGGCAUUAAGAAAAUAGCCUGAAUUGUUCAUGGAGUUUUUCAUCAGUAUGUCUGAAACCAUAAAGUACAAUGACGAUGAUCAUAAGACGCUGUUUCUGAAAACACUGAAUGAACAGCGCCUGGAAGGAGAAUUCUGCGACAUCGCCAUUGUGGUUGAAGAUGUAAAGUUCAGAGCCCACCGGUGUGUCCUCGCCGCCUGCAGCACGUACUUUAAAAAGCUCUUCAAGAAGCUGGAGGUGGAUAGCUCUUCAGUCAUAGAGAUAGAUUUCCUCCGCUCCGACAUAUUUGAAGAGGUGCUGAACUACAUGUACACCGCAAAGAUCUCCGUGAAGAAGGAGGAUGUCAACUUGAUGAUGUCGUCCGGACAGAUCCUUGGGAUCCGGUUUUUGGAUAAACUGUGUUCUCAGAAGCGUGACGUGUCUAGUCCGGAUGAAAGCAACGGCCAGUCGAAGAGUAAGUAUUGCCUCAAACUGAACCGGCCCAUGGGAGACGCCGCUGACGCCCAGGACGACGACGUGGAAGAGAUCGGGGACCAGGAUGACAGCCCUUCAGAUGACACGGUAGAAGGCACUCCCCCGAGCCAGGAGGACGGCAAGUCUCCCACCACUACUCUCAGGGUUCAGGAAGCGAUUUUGAAAGAACUGGGGAGCGAGGAAGUUCGAAAAGUGAACUGCUACGGCCAGGAAGUCGAAUCCAUGGACACUUCCGAGUCCAAAGAUCUGGGCUCGCAGACCCCUCAAGCCUUAACCUUUAACGACGGGAUGAGCGAGGUGAAGGAUGAGCAGACUCCAGGCUGGACGACGGCGGCCAGCGACAUGAAGUUUGAGUACUUGCUGUAUGGCCACCACCGGGAGCAGAUCGCCUGCCAGGCCUGCGGCAAGACAUUUUCUGAUGAAGGCAGAUUGAGGAAGCACGAGAAACUCCACACGGCGGACAGGCCGUUUGUCUGCGAGAUGUGCACCAAGGGCUUCACCACCCAGGCCCACCUGAAAGAACACCUAAAAAUCCACACGGGGUACAAACCCUACAGCUGCGAGGUGUGCGGGAAAUCAUUUAUCCGCGCCCCAGACCUGAAGAAGCACGAGAGGGUUCACAGCAACGAAAGACCAUUCGCCUGUCACAUGUGUGACAAAGCCUUCAAACACAAGUCUCACCUCAAGGACCACGAGAGAAGACACAGAGGGGAAAAGCCUUUUGUGUGUGGCUCCUGCACCAAAGCCUUUGCUAAGGCCUCAGAUCUGAAGAGACAUGAGAACAAUAUGCACAGCGAAAGGAAACAGGUCACCCCCAGUGCCAUCCAGAGUGAGACAGAGCAGUUGCAGGCCGCUGCAAUGGCCGCUGAGGCAGAGCAGCAGCUGGAGACAAUUGCUUGUAGCUAGAGGCGGUGGGGUCGGGACGCUGGGCGUGGGAGGUGAAUGCUGAGCUUGCGGUGACUGUAGUCGUGAACACCUUUGACGGCCUUGUGCUGGCUGGACCUGAGGCAGUGCGCACUCGGUUAGGUAAUUCUCAGAUUCCUCAAGGCAGUUACGUCCCCACGUUCUGACCAAACAGUUUGGUUUUCUAUCUUUUGGUUUGUUUGUUUGUUUGUUUUCUUUGUGAUGUCUAAUAUUCAUAUCCCCAGUAAGCUCCCCUACUCCUCUUUAUGGUCUUAAUUUGAAAUCUCCUUUGUCUAGUUUAAAAUGAAUGGCUUCUGUUUCAUCCUUAAUCCCUCAACUCUUGCCAAGCUGAUGAGUGCGCUGCACAGAGUCAUUGAAUAGAUUGAUUUCCUAAUCAUCCCAGUAUAUGUGACUUACGGUCAAAGGAGCAGUUUUAAUAACUGGAUACAGGACCUUUAUAUCGGUGCAGACAAAGUUGGCAUGUGCUGACCCAGAACCCUGCAGAAGUACAAAACCAAAAUUUGAAAAAAAUGGAAUGGUGUUAGUUUUAUAUAUGGUUUGUGAUUUUUAUAUCUCUCUAUAUCAUUGUUUUUCACUGUUCCUGUGGACAGAUAAUGGUUGCUUUGCUGAAGUGUUCCUCCAUCUAUUGUAAUGGCCCCCAAACCCACCCCAAAUGCUGCAGGUCAUGUAUACCUCAGGGUGAGUGAGACUACCAGGAUGCUGGUGGUUUUGGGGCUCAGUUCCCCUUUUGUCCAGUGUGGCCAUUCUGUCUGUGUGUGUCCGUGCAGUGGACCAAUAUUGACAGGAGGAGAAGAGUCCGAGACAAGGCUUUCACAGAUACAAAAAAAGCCUAAGGUUUCCUAGGUCUUGAAAUCGUGACUGAUCUCAGAAUUGGUUUUGUAUUUAAGAUCAAAAUUAGGACAAGAAACAGAAAUGUUUCUUCAAAUAUGUUUUUUGUAGUUUACAGACCAUCAUGCUUUGGGGUCUCUACAUCUCUGCCUCAUUCAGUUUUCCAUGAGGAAGAUGCUUAAAUAAAUCUGAAAUCUUUUAAGUGUGUAAAUAGUAGUGUUGGUCUUACGUAUUUCGAGAAAAAGGACAGCUGCAUUUUUUCUCUCUCUCUUUUUUUUACACAAUGGAUUAAAGUACCUUUCAUUGGCAACAAAUACCAGACCCCUUUAACCAAUAUUAAAGACUUUCAGACCAAACGUUUGUUUUCCAAAUAAGUUUUUAUCACUGGUUACAGUUUUCAAUAGAAGCUGAUUGCCCUGUCAUAGCCAUAAAUCAGAAUUAUGAACUUUGUUUCAGAUUGGAUGUACUAAAUGCUCUUUUGACUAUUUCCUUAGGAAUAUAUUGAAAUGCCAACAGAGUUUGAAUUAUGUUCUGUAAGAAAGUGUAGAUGAUUGUUUUAGGAUGUGUACAGUUGUAGAAGGUGCCAACUUUAAAAGUUCAUGUUUGGUUCUUGAGGUUUUCUUUUUAAAAAAAUUCAUUAAAAUAAUUUUAUUACAUGGCCUGCUGUACUAACAUCUGUUAUUACUGUUGUAAGAAAAAUUUUAUUUUCAAAACCAGUGUACGUGUUCUGCCCGAGAUUGUUGGAUGGAGAGGAGGCUAUCUUUAAUUUUUUUUAUUAUUUAUUGUUAAAAUGUUUCGGCUUAAAUUAAUUUUCCCCGUGCGGUUCUAUUUUGAAGGCAAUCCCGUCAGUUCAUCAGUGCUGUUAGUAGGAGAGGCCGGACUGGUGAUCCCAGGCUGUGUUAACCAAAGCAAAUGUGAAAUCAGCUGGCAUCCUGUUGAUAGCUACUUCAACAAACCAUGUUUUGGGCCUUUGUUUUUGUAUAUAAAGAUAAUGAUACACUCCUCUU